ACGACUUUUCCUGAAGUGAAGACACUGCAGAGGACACAGCACUACUGGGUCAACAUGGCGGAAAAGGUCCGAAAGAAGAGUCUGACACAAAGUAUAGCCGGCUCGAUCAGGGAAAGCCUGGCGGGGUCCAGGAGAGCUAGUCUGUCCGGGUCUGUCCGAGGACUGAGUGUAGCCGGAUCGGUCACUGAAGAAACCCCAGCGGUGGACGCAAAAGCAGAGGAGGCAAACGCGGGAACUGCGGAGGGAAACACAACAACACAAGCCGAACUAGACACACCUGCAACAGACGCAGCAUCUCAAGAUGGGAGUAAACUCCGUAGGAAAAGUUUGACUCAAAGCAUAGCAGGGUCUAUCAGAGAAAGUCUAUCCGGGUCCAGAAGAGGAAGCAAGGCAGGGUCCAUCAAGGAAGAACCAGAAUUGGCCACAGAGGCUACAGAGGAAAACACGGUCACAGCAGACGUACAUACAAACACAGAAGAGGCGAACACAGAGCGAAGGAAAAGUUUGUCCCAGAGCAUAGCAGGGUCUGUGAAGGGGAGUACAGCAGGCUCCAGAAGAGGGAGCAAAGCAGGAUCGAUCAAAGAAACACCAGAAGCGGGGACAAACGGAGAAACAGCGUCCACCGGCCGAAGGAAGAGUCUGACCCAAAGCAUAAUAGGCUCAAUCAAAAGCUUAGCUGGGUCGAAAAGAGGUAGUAGAGCUGGAUCACUCAAGGAUAUACCAGAAGAGGUGCCGCCGGAACCAGAGGAGCCUCCGCCGGUCAUAUUCGGUGGAAGAAACGUGCGUGUCAAGGACAAGUUUCGCUGUGUCUGCGGUCUUGCCGUGUCUAAGGACUCUGAGAUAUACAUCGCAGACUGCUACAACGAGAGAAUCGUCAUCUACACUCCAGAGGGAAAGUUCGUCCGCGAGUUUCCAACCGUCGUGAAAGGUUUACUCAAACCCAAGCCGUUCCAACCGCAAGACGUAGCCAUAGACAAGUACGAGAACGUCUGGGUUGUCGGUUCGCUGGCCAUCCCGAAGAAACGUGGAGCAACAGAUUUUGUCGUCCGGUUCAGCAAAGAGGGUGCCUUCGUCAGCCAGUUUGAGAUACCCCAUACGGGCACGGAAUCGUUCCACGGCAUCGCAGUGAGGCCCAACAACCUCUACAACCGGGAGAAAAUCCGCACGGAGGAAGACGCCGACCUUCCGCCCAAACCUGACCUGGAGAUAGUGGUGACAGAGCAGCGCGUCAGGCCGUGGGAGGGGAAGUGGUACGUUGAAAGCUGUGCGAAAGUCUUUCUCGCAGACGGUACGAUGUACAAAACUGUCGCGGGGCGGACCAGGAAGGCGCGAUACGCCGCGAUCAACAGCAAGGGAGACAUCCUCGUCACCGACGCCUGGACGCACAGGGUCUACACCAUCAUCGAAGAAGCAAAGGAUAAAAGAUUCGGGAGGCGAGGAACCGCGAACGGAUUUUUGGACGCGCCGCACGGCAUUUGCACCGACAGCGAAGACAACGUCAUCGUGGUGGACAGGGGGAACAAGCGGGUGGAACUGUUCGACAGAGACGGGAACUUCAUCCGGCACAUCGCCGAGGAUAUGGCGGACCCGUGGGCUGUGGCGGUGGGACCGGACUUUGUGGUGGUCACUAAUGUCGGUAAAUGUGGCGUGGACGAUGUGACGGUUAUACAGUACACGGCACCGCCUGCGCCGCCGCCGCCUACCAAGGGCCAAGUCAGGUUUGCCGAGUCUGAAUCUAGCGACUAGAGCCCCCUAAUGAGAAUUAAACUGUUCUCCGAGUCAAGAAAAUUGACUCACCGGAAUUUUCGACCGAAUCACUCGGUCUUCGUCAGUUUUCUGACCCGAGUGCUACAGAGAUGUGACUUUUCCCCUCAUGUGAGUUCACACUGGGUCAAAGUUCGUCGGAAGUCGGUACCGCCCCCCGUCCCGGUUGUGAGACCCAGUGCUGACGUCACGCGUGGGAAAAGAGCACGCGUCUACAGCACUCGGGUCAGAAAGCUGGUGAAGACAGAGUGAUUUAGUCGAAGAUUCCGGUGUCGAAAAUUUCAAUUUUCUUGAGUUGGAGAACAGUCCAAUUCGCAAUAUGUAUUUUACCAACACAGAUGAACUUUCAUGCUAUAGACUAAGCCCAUGUCACACAUUCACGACCUUCCCUGAACACCAGUCGACCAGGUUCGGUUGACGUUCGGGAGUAGUCUGACCAGGUUUAGGCUACGACUAACUUUGUUUACGAAUCGAAUUUGAGUCAAAUUUGAGUCAGAGUUGACCACCGAAUAUGCUCCGAACACUGCUGACUUAUUAUAUUCCCAAUGGUUGACUGGUGUUCUGCUGACUUACAACCGAAUACCAGACAACCAUGUUUGAACCUCCUGACAAACUCAAGAAUGUUUUAAAGCCGAAUACGCCGACCACCAGCCAACUUAACGCCGACAUACUCCUAACCACGCAUGGUCGGGGGGCGUUCGGCUAGUGUUCGGGAGGCCAAAAUACUUGAAUGCGUGACGGGAGCUUAAUAAGGAGUUUAUUUACAAUCAGAGACGUCUUCAGUAUCAUUCGUCAGGCAAGAGGGAUGGUUGGGGUGUAAGUGUGAUGAAUAAUAGACUACACUAAAAGAAAGGACACCAAUUAAGUACGUGUAAUGUUGAGGACACACCGGAUAACAUGUAAUAAGUAUCAUAUUAAGAUGGCAGGCAUGUGUGCUUCGUAAUACAGAUUUUUGUUAACGUAACAGUCAUAAAAUCAACACUAUUUACAUGUACAUGUAGACAUCUAGAUAACUCGCCCAAAUGUACAUUGCCGUAUUACAUGUCGUGAAGAAGAUCUUUGCUAAGGCAGGUUCAGAAUUUGGAGUAGUAUUGAAAAUUAUAUUGAAAGUUAAGUUUGAGUUGUACAUAAGUACAAGAAACGCCUUGACCUAGCUUUAAGAUUUUUUUUUACAAAUCUUUAUUCAACAAAACAAAAGAGCGUACAAAAAGACAAACGAUAUAACAUAAGAGUACACACACACUGAAUUACAUAAAAACAUUCUACCCAGUCGAUAUAUUUGCUAAAUCCCCCCAUUUUUUGUAGUGACUGAUCAUAUUGUUUUGUUUACGUGCGAUGCUUUCUUCUGUGGCUUUAAAAUUAUUUACAAAGGAUUCAAAACUAUACAAUGAAAUAGUUGCGGAAUGACGAUUCUUGAAAAUAUACACCUUUCCCAGUAAUAUUAUAAGAUUGCAUAUAAUUGGUACUGCUUCAUGAUGAUCACCCAAUAGAAUGUUCAACGGAUUUUCUAUAUUAAGAUACAUGUAAAGUCCUGUUUUUUUGUUAAACCAUUUCUGAACACUCAGCCAAAAUUUAAACACCUUUCUGCAAUCACAAAAAAGGUGUUUUGUUGUUUCUUCUUCUUCUGCACACA